AUGCUUCAGAGUGAAAGAAUCUGUUUUAUUGCAACAAUUUCUAGUAGUAUUUCUAAUGCAGUAGAAACAUGGGGAACUUUAAAUUUUGCAAGAAACACUAAGAACAUUAAAAUGAAAAUUCGUCCAAUAGAGUUGGAAUUAUCUGUUGAUCAACUGAAAAUAGAAAAUGAAAAAUUAAAGUUAGAGAAUGAAGCAUUGAAAACAGAAAGAGAUAACCUUAAACGAAAGGUUCUUCCAGAUUCAGAGAAUUUUGAAUAUAAACGAAUGCAAGCUGAUGUUAAAGCUUACAAAGAGUUAAUUCGAAACAAUCCAUCUGUGGCUGCUCUUCAAGGAGAGAAAACAGUAUUAGAAGAAAGGCUAAGGGAGGCAAAAGAAAGAAUUGAUGAGUUAAUAAGAAGUAAUGAAAAUUUAAUACGUUUAAAAGAACAACUAGAAUUAAUAAAUCAGAAUUAUCUAGAACAACUGAACGAAAAAGAAGCAGAGGUAGUUGAUUUAGAAGAAGUUGCUAGAAGUGUUCAAAAUCGUUUAAGUACUUCAUACUUUGAUUUAAAAAAAUGA